GGAAGGUGGUGAGCUGCCGUCUUGAGCCGCUGCAGUCCUUGAGGUGUAGGUGUACCCUCAAUGCUGUAAUGGGAAGAAAAGUUUUGGACAUGUUGCAAGAAAUUCAAGUGAACUUUACAAUAUUGAAAGGCCUUGUUAGUGAGUUCACUACAUCAAGAUGCCAGAUCGUUAACGUUGCUGGUGAAAUCUUUCUUAAAGCAGGAUGCGUGAAUAGAGCACUUUGGCUAUUAAGAGAAUCUAACUGGAUAACCAAUUCCCCAACAUGGCCCUGUGACAGUUCGGAUGUUCUCAAUCGACACAACUUUUUGUUUAGCCUUUCUGAUGUAACUCUGAAAAAUAACAUGUACUGUGAAACAUUGGAGGUUCUACAGCAUUUACCUGGGCUCCAAAAAGUAAAUGGCACCUUGGAUGUAACACCAUAUGUCAGGAUUUUCAACAAUCUUCUUGAUCAGUGCAUCCAGAAUAAUUGCUUAGGAGCAUCUUCUGACACAGUAGAGUUCAUGAGGUCAAUGGACAUUCCCAUAAGCCCUUUAGCUGUAAGAAACUUAAUUACAGCUCUGGGCAGGUCCAAUUUGUGGCUGAAAGCAAGGAAUCAGUAUAAGAAAGCUUUGUCCAAUGGGUGCUACCCACCAAUUGAGGAAAACCUGUACCGUAAACUACUCCCAAUUCCCUGCUUCUUGUCAGAAGUGGAAAUGUUGUUGGCGACUGAAAUGUUUCUAGUAACAAAUGCAAGCAACAUUCAGAGUCCCAGUGUCUCCAAGCAAUCUCUGCAGAUUGUGCUGAGAAGGUAUGAAGAUGAAGGUUCAUUUGCAAAUGGAGAUUAUGAAGCAGCAGUGGACAGACUGCAGGCAGCUGCUCGAAUUUCAGAGCCAAAACUUCAGAUAAAACACACAACCGUCAACAUUGCAAAAGAAGAGGUUUUCAGUUUGGAAUAUUCCUCUGCCCUCAGAUGGCUUGAACAGAACAUGAAGUGGGCAGGCAAGGUUUGGCUCUUCGGCUAA